UGAAUGUCGGUGGUGAACAAAAGAUGGGCAGACGAGAUUGAAAGGCAAAAUGAAUGGACAAAACUGCCUCCAACCCACAAGAUUGGCUGGUUAUGCAAAUCUUUGAUCGUAUCCUCAAAUGUAGGGUAUGGCAAAGUAUGUAUGUAGCUACUGCCAGGGUGAUAUUUCUGGCGUACGAGUUCAGUGUGCAGAGUGCUCCGACUUUGACCUUUGUUUACAGUGUUUCUCGUGCAGUGUCGAAAUUGGACCACACAAGAAGGAUCACAGUUAUAAAAUACUGAGUGACGAAGAACUGCAUAUAUUUGCAGUCGAAGAACCUUGGUCUGUUCAAGAAGAAAAUAUGUUACUGGAUGCAGUAGAACAAUUUGGCUUUGGAAACUGGGAUGAUGUUUCCAGCCAUGUUGAAAGUAAAACAUCUGCAGAAUGUGAGAACCACUACUUGACAUUUUACGUCCAUGGAAAUAUUGGAAAAGCAACAUUCCCUACAGAUUACAAGUUCAAGGUCACAGAUCAUACGUGUCCUGAUGGAGGUCCACUGUCACCAAGCAUAACCGUUCCUAUUGCUCCAGUAGAAAUGACCAUACAAGAGCAACAGGAAUUGGGUUAUAUGCCUUUCAGGGAUGACUUUGAAAGGGAACAUGAUAAUGAAGCAGAAACACUAAUCAGUGGGAUGUCUAUAACCAAUGAUGAUGAAGAUAUAGACAUUGCAAUAAAAUUAUCUCAGGUAGACAAAUACAGAUUACGAUUACAUGAGAGAGAUAGAAGAAAACAAAUAGCUAGGGAAUAUGAUUUAAUAUCAGCAGCAUCUUCGGGAGGCAGAACACCAAAAUCUGAUAAAUCAAAGAAGAAGUCGAAGGAUGAAAGAGAAUUCCAAGAAAAGAUGAAGGUGUUUUGUCAGUUCCAUCCAGUUUCUGAACAUGAGCAGUGUUUUGAAGAUAUGCAGAAAGAAAAAGAGUUAAAGUCUAGAAUAAAAGAAUUAAUAAGAUAUCGAAGACACGGGUUAAAAAAAUUAGAUGAAAUUGAUGAUUUAGAAGAAAAAAUAUAUAAGAGAGACAAGAAAAAAGAAAACAAGAAGAAGAUGGGCAGCUUUAUACCAGCAAAACGAAACUCAAUGGUGUCAAAAAAAGCAGAAGGAAAGGUAGAAAAAUUAGAUAUACUCAUCGACGACGACGAAGUAAAAGAUGAUGAAGAGGAAGCAGAAGCCAAAGAAAUGACGAUGUUACCAGGAUUUGAUAUGUUGUCCGAGCGAGAGAGAAAGCUAUGCAGCAAUAUUGGUAUGACACCGGCAAACUAUAGUACUAUAAAGACCUGCAUUAUCAAAGAUUAUCUUCAAAGAAGACAAGGUUUACCCGUAAAGAUCCGGUACCCAAGUGGUAUGGAUAAAACUCACCGACGCAAAAUCAUGAGCUUCCUUACGGACAAUGGUUGGAUCGGAGUCACGUGAAAUGUGAUUGUGAAAACUUAGUACACAGUCAAAUGAAGUUCUUUCUCUUGAAUGGAACAGCAGCAGAGAGUGUUCGAGGCAAUCUGUGAUCAACGUAUUAUAUAUUCCAUUGCCGUGUGUGGACCCUCUGAUACAGAAAGGUGGGAUUGUGGAACACAAACAGAAUGCUACAACUGCAUGUAAACACAUCCAGUUUUGUUUCUGUUAGUGGAAGACAUAAUCUGUUGUUGGACAGGUUAUGUUAGUGCAAGGCAUAAUCUGUUUUUGUUUUUUUAAACAGGUUAUCAGUCAUCCCGUGAGUGUGGUAGGUUUUGAAACUUCCAGCUCAGGUUGUUAACAUAAUAGGCUUAUCAUAUUAUCACCGUGAACCAUACUAGAAGAAACAUUUUGCUUUAACCAAUUUUUAAUUUUUAGGUGGCCAAUUAGUGUAAUAGCAGAUUUGGCUACCAAUAGCUUGAAAAUAGUAUUGACCUUUUUUAUUUGUUUUUUUCUGUACUAUUUUCGAUAUUCAUCAUGAAUGAAUGCCUGACUUGUAGUUAUAAAUGUAAGAUGUGGAGGUAGUGUUUUGACUGGCAGUAGGGGGCGGUCUAUCGGCUAAGGUUGUACAGACCCAGCUGACUAGAUAAUGAUUGUGAGGUGAGUUUGAUCAAGGAUUGCAGACCACAGUUGCAGUAGGUACACAGACAUUCUGCUUCAGUAGACCAGCUCGUGCUAAAGUAGUGAAGCUUUGUUGGUUUUGUUUGGUUUUGGGUUUUUUCUGUUUUUACUUGGUGGAGAUCUCUGCAAUAGGUUUUCCAGAUCUGGGCCUUGUUCUACGAAGCAAUCUUAGCACUAAGAUCACCUAGUGUGCAUAACUACCUUAUGGGCCAGACACCAAUUUCAUAAAACAUUGUAUACCUAGUUUAAUACGUAAAAGUAAAUCUGUGACUAAACCACAAUUUGUAUUACUACUAAUAUAGUUUGCAGUUCUUCAUCUUCCCUAGUUACUGAAUAGAUACCAAACAUAUGUAAAUAUACGACAGAUAUAGUGGCUUUCUCAUUAUGCUAUUUGUCGUAGCGACUCGAAUCUUGUGUGUGGGAAGACGUUACAUCAUAAAAUUCCAUGACGUCAAACAAAGCUCGUCAGUUUAAACAUAUUUUGCAGGAAAUGUAUGUACAUACAAAUUUUCUCUGAAAUAAAGAAAACAUGAAUGUUAACAAUUUACUAAUGAUAUUAUGUAACAAAACAAUUAUUGACCACAGCUGGACAAUAAUAGAUUUUAUGGACCCAUGAAAUCUGGACAAAACUGAAUGGUUGAACGGUACGUACAAGACUAAAGUAGUUCCGAUUUAGGUGUUCUCGCAGUACGAUUCCAUCGCAUGCGACAAGUCGGUACGACUAAUUGCAAAAUAAGAACAUCCCUUAUAACUGCUAGUCACAAAUCUAAACUUACAAUGUUUUGUGAAAUUGGUUUCUAGGUUACUAACUGCUAGAAGGUAAUUGAGAGGUGAGUCAGCUUGGUUGCUUGUAAAGUGAGACCCAUGUCAAUAUGUCAAAACUCUUCUGCUUCACAAGUCCACCGAGAUCACUCGGACAAAUGGUGCCAAUAGUAUAUGUGAAUGAUCACUGGUUAAUGUGUGCUAUCGGGCCAUACAACAGAAUUAUAGCUCACUAGUACAGAAGUGUAUGGAAGAUCUAGCUCUAUAAAACAAUUGUUUUGAAGUUUUGCCCCACUAGUACAGAAUUGUGUGGAAGAUAUGGCUCUAUAAAACAAUUGUUUUGAAGUUCUGCCCCACUAGUACAAAAUUGUGUGAAGAUCUGGCUCUAUAAAACAAUUGUUUGGAAAAUCUGCCCCACUAGUAAAGAGUAUUGGCACAUUGGAGAAUUGUUCUGGUCCAGUGAGAUGGAAUUCUGGCUUCUAGUUUAAUACAAUUUAUAUUAAUAAAAUGGUCAGUUUUCUACGAUUUUAAAUUAAAACUCGAGGCAUAUAUUACCAUUUAACAAAGUAAAUGGUUCUGGCUAACUACUGGUUCAGUUCUUCAUCCCAGUAACCUAGUUAUAUGCCUGGCUUCAGGGAGUCGUAUUUCAGUUCAUCUUGUGAUGAAACAAAACCUAUUGGUGUUAAAGCCAUAAAGUUAAAAACCAAAACAAUCUUAUUCAGUGUAACAAAUGGCACUUAAGAACAAUAACUUGAACAAGUUUAAGAAUAAAUUCUUAAGAGUCAUUUGUUAAACUAAAUCAGCUUGUAAUAAAACUUCUUGUUUUAUAUAUCUCUUCAAAAAAAGAGAAAAGUUCUUUGCUUCUCCACAUGAGGGAUGUCUAAGAGUAGUUUUAACAUGUUUUAAUUGGAAUGCGGGGAUAGUGGUUGUUUUAAUCUGAAUUUUAAUUUUUGAUGGGUCCAGAUUUCUUUUCUUUUGCAUAGUUAUUCAAACGGUUUUGAAAAUUGAGUUUUUAAUUGGUAAUUUCACUGAAAAAUAAAAUUGGUUUUCCAUUGGAAAACCUUUUUAUGCAUUUACUACAUUUUAAUGAGGAUGUUUAUUUUGUAUUGUAAAAUAAUUGAAUUUGUUUACAUUUGUUUUUGUUUAUAACUUAUUUUGUUUUAUGUUCUUUCAGUUCUUUGUUAGGUUUCUAUACUGUUAGAAUACUCUAAACAAACAAAAAUAUCACUUUUUAAACAAACUUUUUUAACAGUUACUGUUCUCUUAACUUAUGACUGGUAUCUAUGAUCAGAAUUGCUGUCUAUUAGGUUUGAACUUCUAAAGCCAAGUUCAUAGCCACCUACGAGCCUAGUGUAUUUUGAACAAAUGGUAGCCUAUACACCUUAACAUUCUUUCCAUAUUAGCUGAAAUCUUCGUUUCAUGUUUCUCCUCAUAUCUAAUAAUUUUAUUCAAAGACACUUAAUUUUAGGAGUAAUGAAUACUAUGUGUAAAAUUAUGUUUAAAAUUAAUAAAUGGUAAUAAUAGAAUAGCAGGCGGUAACCACUGACGGUGCCAUUGGCUGUUCCAGAGUUGAUCACAUGUUGAAUGGCAAGAGACCAAUGUUUUAAAAUACCCACCAUACAUUUUUGUAUUUUAAUAAAGUAUGUAUAGAGAGAAAAAAAAUGCGUGAACCCACCAUGCAUUAAAUAAUUACAGUGCCUAUUACCCAAAUAUAGUCACUUUUGGAACAGAGUAUGUACAUGUUUUUUGAAAAAAAUUGAAGAAGUGUUGGUAAAAGUGCCAUUUUUUCUUCUCUUUUUUUUUAUAUAUAUAUGAGCAAACGAGGAAGAUGUGUUUUAUUUAAUUCCACUCAACAUUUUUAUUUUAUUUAUUUUUAUUUAAACAUUAUUUGGUUAAGAACCACACACAUGAGAUAGGAUUUUUUAUAUAAUGGCUGAAUGAAGUACAUACAUGUAUAAAGAUGUUUAAAUUCAAGAUGGUGACAAUAACUGAGUUACUAUCAUCUUUUUCUCAAGAAUGACCAACAGAUUUUUAUCAUUUGCACAUUUUCUUUUUUAACUUUUGUGUGUGUUAUGCUAGGAUCAGACUGUCAUGUCGAAGUUGACCAACUCAACGGUUGCGUUGCAAUUUCCCCAAUUCCCAACAGGUUUGUUCAGAUUAACAACUCAACGGUUGUAGGAGUCGUAAACGUCGAAAAUGGAGUUGUAAGAGAGCUCAAACUAGCAUCUGGACAGUUGUAGAAGUCAUGACUGCAGAAAUGUGGCCAACUUUGUUGUGGCAGUUGAUAGUCUGAAGUUAGCAUUAGACUUUUUCUUUUGACUUCCUGAGUUGGUUCAAAGCCUCCAAGUCUCUUUGUCUUCCGAUCUCUCGGUUAAUGUAUCAUUCAUUGAAAUAGCAUUUUAGAAGCUCUUGGUCAUACAACACAAAUGUGACCUAAGUUUCAAAAGUGGACAGUGCUUUGUAUUGUAGUUGUACAUGUGUGUUAUUUGUAUUGCUUCAGCGGGUGGAAUGGACUAUUUUAGGAUCAAGUGGCAAUGGCUAUUUCUCUCAUUUAAAAUAUGAUUAUUUUUCUAGUCUGCUAAAAAAUAUGAAGUACACUGUUACAAGGCUUAUGAAUGUUUUAUUACUAACUAAAAAAAGUCCUGAAAACUUUUGAAUGGUAUGUGUAUAUCCCAGUUAAUGAAAACUAUUUUAAAUACUUGUUAGUGACAUGUUGGGAGGUUGCCAAAUGAUCAGGUCAUAUUUAUUAGCAACCUGGUCAUUUGUCAUUAAGUGCUAAAUCGCCCAACAUAACACCUAUGUGUAAUAUUUUCAUAGUUAUGAAUUUACACACCCCCCUCCCCCCACUGGUUAUGACUAUACUAUGAGGUAAUAAAAAAUAAUUAUUAGUUACAAAUUUGGAUUGUCAAUGUAUUACACAUUGUAAGAAAUAUUGUUUAGUAUAUACAAUAUUCAGGCCUCUGAGAAAUGAAAAUCUUGGUGACCCAUUUAUCAAUUACACAGAAAUAAAUCCAGGUAACCUAUUGCCUUUUUGUGUAACUCGUUAUAUCCAAGUAAAUGGCAAUCCAAAUUUUGCGCGAAAAAAAAAUAGGUUAUGCAAAAUUAGAUGUGUGUGAGAAAAACACAUGAACGAAAUUAUCGUUCUCGCAAUUGUCAGAGGCCUUAUUUUUUUUUACAUGAAAUAUACAGGCAUGUUUAACUUGUAGUCUUGGUCAUCCGAUGAAUCUCAAUGCUUUCCAGUCACAGGUUCUUGGAACUAUCUAAUGAAAUCACUUAAAUGAGUUCACAUCAAAAUAUAAAUUAGUUUUUUUCUCUUGUGAAGCCCUGGCAUUGUAUAACACUUACUUGAUGGCUUGUGAUACUUCUGUUUUAGUAGUAGUCCUGUUUUUCACAAAAACUUUGUUACACCAUCGAGUGAACUAUUUACAAUGGCACUAAUGAAAUAAUGCUGAUGCAAGAUAUUCAAAGAAGUAAUAACCUUUCUAACAUUUUAUGUUUGAUAAUAUUGAUGGUGGGUUUUUUUGUUUGUUGGGGAGGAGGGGUAAGCAUAUAGCUUCACUCCUAUGAAAGAUAAGUGUCAUAGAAUGCUGUGUUACUUUUUUGUGCACGUUUUGUGUGAAAACCAUGUGAAAUUCUGGAUAUGUAACCAAAUGUAAUAUAUUGUGUAUACCGUGUGACAGUUCUCAACAGGAAAGUGCUUCGUGUGUAUGAAUGUCUUGUUCAUAUAAUAUCUGUGUUUUGUUUCUUUGUUACUUCAUCAAUGCUCGGUGUACAAACAGAACAUCAUCCUUGGACACUUUUUUCCAUUUUCAUCACGUGACUGAAGUAGCAUUCCCACAUCUUGUAGUAACAUGCUUCACUACGGAAAUACUCCAACAUCAACAUGAAACACUACAUAUUGUCUUUAAACUUUAUAUUUAUCAAAUAAAUGUUCAGUUUUA